AUGGCAUCAUCUUUAGAGGAGCUUCUUGCAGAGGAAGGGUUUAGAGGGAGGACUUCGGUUACGAGGUCGAGAUCAUCCGUCAGGUUAGAGGCUUCGAGCAAGUCUGAUUCGCCGUUUAGUAACAGAGUGAAGACGGAGAGGACGAGGUCCAAUGUAUCUCGGCUCGAAGGGCUUGAAAGAGGAGGUUCUAGUGAUCGGCGAGAGGGCGUUUUUAGGGGAAACGAGGUUGUUGAGAUAGGAUUCGAAGAAACCGAGAGAGCCAAUGAUGCAUUUGCUAUUGUCGGGAGACAUAGUUUAGGGAGACGAGAUAAAAGGAACGAUAAUGCUUCGACUAAAUACCUACUCGGUCGAAGAAGCUACAGCGAUAAGCAUCGAAACAACUUGAACCUGCAGGAUGCUGCUUAUGACAAUGCUAAUAAAGGUUCAUGGAAUCGAAAAAGCUUUAAAGAUGGCCACCGCGAAAAGCAUGAUGAUCCGGUACCUACGGUUCCUCAACCUGCCCUUGAUGAAGUUGCUGUUCAAGCAAUUGUAUCCAUCUUAUGCGGCUAUAUUAAACGCUUUCUCCGAGAUGAGGAAUUCCGUGAUGUCCUUCGUCUCAAAUUCAUUGUCAAUCUUGAGCAAGCAAUCGAGACAGUAGAAAAAGCCGUUACAGAGUCUAUCAGCGCAAAAGAACUGAAAAAAGCUUCAUUGAAGCUUAGUGUGAUAACCGGCUUGAAUUCGAACGACUUGAAGGACAGCUUAACGAGCGGUUUUCCUAAUGCAGUGCUUUCCUCAUGUGCUCAUUUUUACCUCAGUGUGAUAUAUAAGUUACAAAAGGAGGACAGGGUCUCGGCAAGGCAUCUUCUGCAAGUGUUUAGAGAUUCACCUUCUCAGGAACGGACGAAUCCCUUGCCCAAACUGUGUGACGAUUUGUUUCAUCCGCAUCUUUCACAUCUCGAGGCUUGGUACUAUCAGGAAGCUAGUUUUCUAUCAGAUGCACCAAGCAGGAAGACGAAACUGAAGCUUCUUGAGAAAGUGUACAAUGAAACCGUGGAUUCUAGCACUUACCAAUUAGCUUCUUAUUACAAGGAUUGGCUCACCGAGGGGACUGAAGCUCUUUCUUUCCCUUCCAUCGAUGUUCCAUCUGUAUCAGUUGGAAACAUUCAGCAAGAGGUUUCACUUGCUCAUUCUCCAGAUCUAGGUAGUCCAACUAGUCCUUUCUCACCUCAGUCGAUGGUGAGUAAAAAACUAUAUGAUGCUGUAUUCGGACGAUCCAGUAAACCCGGACUAGAGGAAAUCGGAGAUAACGAGUUGCAUUACUACGAUACAUGCCGGAAAAGCUCAGAUUGCUCUUCUAUUUAUGUUAAAGAAACAUGA